UGUUAAUUUUUUUUGGCCUCUUACACCUUUUGUUUGCAGUUAUGAGCUGUCCAGCCUCUGUGGAAAUUACUUUUGCACGUAUGCGUUUCCUGAUCACUCAGAACCCAACCAAUUCAACCAUCAGCAAGUUCAUAGAGGAGCUGAAAAAGUAUGGAGUGAAAACUUUGGUGCGAGUUUGUGAUGCCACUUAUGAUCAAGCUCCUAUCGAAAAAGAAGGAAUCCGAGUUCUGAACUGGUCGUUUGAAGAUGGAGCACCACCCCCGAAUCAGAUAGUUGAUGACUGGCUGAACCUGGUGAAAGCCAAAUUUCAGGAAGAGCCUGGAUGCUGUAUCGCUAUUCACUGUGCUGCAGGGCUGGGAAGGGCUCCUGUCCUGGUUGCACUUGCUCUCAUUGAAAGUGGAAUGAAGUAUGAAGAUGCAGUUCAGUUUAUAACGCAGAAGAAGAGGGGAGCUUUCAAUUCCAAACAGCUGCUUUACCUUGAGAAAUAUCGACCUAAGAUGCGAUUACACCGCAAAAAUGUCUGCAGUCAUUGUUGUGUUCAAUAA